AUGAACACUUCUUAUAAUUAUUAUGGUAGCCAAUACAACAAUUACUACGCAUCAGAACACAGAAUUCCCUCUGAUGUGAAAGCUCAUGCGUGUUUAAUGAUCUUAGCAUGGGGUUUCUGUAACCCAAAUGCAAUCAUCAUUUCGAGACACUUCAAGAAAGGUUGGCCAGGUCGGACAAUAAAUAACUUCGCUUACUGGUUUCAGUUUCACAUUAUUCUUCAGUCAUUCACCCUUGCAUUCGUUUUAUUGGCACUAAUGAUUAUUGUUGUACACGUUAUGGGCUACUCAAAUUUAAGUGAUCUUCCCUUCAGCGCUCACCCAGCUUGUGGAUUUGCAGUCGUUGUGCUUACUUUCUCAAAUCCUAUUGUUGCAUGGUUUCUCUGCACGACAAGUGGUCGUCAGAGAGCUAUUACGAAAUAUGUUCAUCAGGUGGCUGGAAUUUUAUCCCAGAUGCUUGCAGUCCCGACGGCCUUAAUCGGACUACAGAUGCCUGCUUUGGGAUAUGGUAUUUGUUCAUCAAAAGUAUAUUCGACACUUUUUGCUAUUACUGUUGUUCUUAACGUCAUCGUUGAAAUAACUCUUGAAGUUAUUGGAUACAAAAUCGGAAAAAAUGUCAAAAUUGUGCGGUCAAUUUUAAGCAUUCAAGCUGAUGAAGCUGACAAACUACUGGCUCGAAUUGAAGAAGAUCCGAAACAUGGAGCUACAUUUUUAGAACACUAUAGGAUAGAACUUAAUCAAAGGUCAAAAAGAGGUGUACCAAAAGAAAUUACCAAAAACCAUACAUUAUGGGUAAUCAAAUACUUUCUUCUUGCUAUGCAUUUGGCGCUCAGUUUUAGCUUGGUAUUUGUCUUAGUUGUACUGUUAGCUGCAUAA